AUGGCGCCAAACAACAAUCGCCUUUAUCAAUAUGCCAUCGAACAUGGAAUAAAUCCCAAAGAAUUUUCAACCAUUACAGAGGCAGAGAAAAUUAGGCUGGUUGGUGAAGAGUUAUUACUUCAAGGUAUACAAAAAAGUGGGUUGAGUACUGCAUGGCUAGAUGAUCUUAUGGAAGAAUGGGAAAAAUCCAUGCUCAAUUCAUUACAGAUAUCUUUUAAGGAAAAAACUUUGUUUGUAUCACAGGUAAAUAUUCAAUCUAAGCCAUCUGAACGACAAUUCCCAAUUUCUGUUCUACCUAAAGACCCGAAAGAAAGGCAAUAA